GUGGAAGCUUCCUUGUGCAUUCCUCUCAGCCUCCACUCCACUCCACGCCGCACCGCUCUACAGAAGCCAAGCUGCCGUGAGACCCCCCCUCCUCCAACAUGGCUGCUACCGGAUCUUUCCGUAUGGUGUCAGAAGAGGAGCAGGCCAUGAGGUCCAAGCUGGAGCAUCUGACAGUGAAGGACCACGGACCCGUGUUCGGCCCGUGCCACAAAAUGCCAGGACACACUGCUCAAAAGGCCAAGGAUGAGCUGCACGAGACGGAGGAAAGGAGGGCGUCGUCCAUCAAAGACCUGCGGGCCACCAUGAAGGACAGGGCGGGCGAUGGCGACGACCUAGCCAAGCUGGUCCUGGAGCGUUUCGGGGACAAGCCGGACUCCCUGAUGCUGCGUUUCCUCAGAGCCCGCAAGUUUGAUGUCGUCCGAGCCCACGAGCUCAUGAAGGGUUACGUUCGCUUCAGGAAGGAGUACCCCGAGCUCUUCGAGAACUUGACCCCCGAGGCGGUCCGCAGCACCAUCGAGGCGGGCUACCCCGUGGUGCUGCCCAGCAGGGACAAGUACGGCCGUGUGGUCCUGCUCUUUAACAUCGAGAACUGGGACCUGGAGGAGAUCACCUUCGAUGAGAUCCUCCGAGCCUACUGUGUGAUCCUGGAGAAGCUUCUUGAGAACGAGGAGACCCAGAUCAACGGUUUUGUCCUGAUCGAGAACUUUAAGGGCUUCACCAUGCAACACGCUUCAGGGAUUAAACCCGCCGAGCUCAAGAAGAUGGUGGACAUGCUGCAGGAUUCCUUCCCGGCCCGUUUCAAGGCGGUCCACGUCACUCACCAACCGUGGUACUUCACCACCACGUACAACGUGGUCAAGCCCUUCAUGAAGAGCAAGCUGCUGGAACGGGUGUUCGUUCACGGGGACGAGCUGGACGCCUACUUGAGAGAAUUUGACGCCGACAUCCUACCGGUUGAUUUUGACGGGAAAGGUUGCGUGACCGACUGCCGGGCCAUCGCCGCCAGGAUCUUCGGCUCCGAAGACACGGCUCUCUGAAAAGAAUCGGCGCUUUUGAAGCUGUAGCGCCACCUACUGACAUAUUUUAGAAGUAGAAAGCAGAAGAUGGUUGCCAGGUAGAAUAUGCAAACAAAGUUUGAUUUGUGGUCGGGAUGCGCUUUUUGUUUUGGUGUUUGCUUUAGAAAAACGGCCAUUUUUCUGUCUGAUGUGUGAUAAAAAUAAAAAAAAAACGAUUCAAUUUCAGGAUUUUUAUCACA